GGUGACAUGCAGAGCAGGCAGGCGCGGCCUCGGGAGCAGCUGGCGCCGGAGCCGCCGGAGCAGCGGGCGGCGGCGGGCCAGGCCUGGCGCGGCGUCCCCGCCAUGGAGAUCGAGAAGGAGUUCCACCGGCUCGACCAGGCCGCCAGCUGGGCCGCCAUCUACCAGGACAUCAGGCAUGAAGCCAGUGACUUUCCAUGUAAAGUGGCAAAACAUCCCAGAAACAAAAACAGAAACAGGUACAGAGAUGUCAGCCCCUUUGAUCACAGUCGAAUUAAGCUAAACCAAGGUGAAAAUGACUAUAUCAAUGCCAGUUUGAUAAAAAUGGAAGAGGCCCAAAGGAGCUACAUCCUUACCCAGGGUCCUUUGCCAAAUACUUGUGGUCACUUCUGGGAGAUGGUUUGGGAACAGAAAAGCCGUGGUGUUGUCAUGUUGAACAGAGUGAUGGAAAAGGGAUCAAUAAAGUGUGCACAGUACUGGCCACAGAAGGAAGAGAAAGAAAUGUUUUUUGAAGAUACAAACUUGAAACUAACCUUGAUAUCUGAAGACAUAAAAUCAUAUUACACAGUACGACAGCUAGAAUUGGAAAACCUUACAACACAAGAAACUAGAGAGAUUCUGCACUUUCAUUAUACUACAUGGCCUGACUUUGGAGUCCCAGAGUCACCUGCUUCAUUCCUCAAUUUCCUGUUCAAAGUGAGAGAGUCUGGGUCACUUAGCCCUGAGUAUGGACCUGUUGUCGUGCACUGCAGUGCAGGAAUUGGGAGAUCAGGAACUUUUUGUUUGGUUGAUACAUGUCUUCUACUGAUGGACAAAAGGAAAGAUCCUUCUUCAGUGGAUGUUAAGCAGGUUCUUCUAGAAAUGAGGAAGUACAGAAUGGGCCUUAUACAGACAGCAGAUCAGCUUCGUUUCUCUUAUUUAGCUGUUAUUGAAGGGGCAAAAUUCAUUAUGGGAGAUGCCUCAGUGCAAGAACAGUGGAAAGAGCUCUCCAAUGAAGACCUGGACCCACUACCUGAACAUACACCACCACCUCCCAGACCACCAAAGCGAACCUCAGAAAUGCACAAUGGAAGGAUGCAUGAACACACAGAAUUUUUUCCUAAGCAUCAAGUGGUAGAGGAAGAGAUUAGACGCUCAGUCAGCACUGUGGAAGAGAUGGCUCCAGAUGGCCGAGCUUGUACAUCUGUGCCACUGAUCACAGACAGCAUUAGUCAAGACACUGAAAUUCGGAGGAGAACUGUUGGUGAAAAUCUGCAUCUCUCGCCCCACAAGGAAGAGUCAAUGAAGUCAGAAAACUUGGAAGAGGAUGAUGAGAAUGUGAUGACAACUUGGAAGCCGUUUCUAGUGAAUAUAUGCGUGUUCACUUGCCUCACGGCAGGAGCUUAUUUCUGUUACAGGGUAUGUUUUCAUUGAUGGACAUGCCAGCAAGAUUGAGCCUGCAGAAAACACCAACAAUUUGAUCGGUUUGUAAUAAGCUUCUGUGAAAGAAAACUAACUGAGGCAUGUGAGCCUUGUCUCAGUGGAAAUAGAUCUUAGGUUGAAACGCUGGAACUUUGGUUAGGGCUUAAAGAGAGAAUUAAUGCACUAGGGUUUAAUCUAGCCCUGUGGUCCCAAGAACAUAAUAUUCUAAUCUCAGGGCCUUAAAAUAUUCAGGAGUAAGCAGAAAAAAUGCCAAAUAGUCUUGUUUUUCUUUUGUUAUUUUUUCCUUUGUUUUUUAAACUAAAUAAUAGAAUUACAACACAUUGUUGUUUUUAGCCUUUUUUAAAAAGCCAGUUCUUUUUCUUUUGUGUUUCAGAAAAACUAGGCACAAGUGAAACUUGCUUGUACUCUCCAGGUGUUGUAACCAAAUACAUGACUUAUACUGAUGAGUUCCCAAAAAGGAAAGAGAAACCCACAUAUCUGAAGAAUGUAAACUUUUUGGAAGGGGAGGGCUUUACUUUUUCUACUUUCGUUUGUUUGCUUCAUCUGUUAAAGACUGAGUUGUGGGCAGUGCCUGUGGUAUUGGUAUAUUUAAUCUUGGCAUAACUGUUCUUAAAGAGCUUAUUGUUUUACAUGUGUUUAUAGAAACAGGCUUCUGCAUUUGCUCAGGGUAUCCCAACACGUCAAGCUUUUUCUUCUUUUUUUUUUUUUUUUUUUUUUUUAAGAAUAUCUCUUCAUUGACUUUCGUUGCACUCUACUUGCACAUAUGCCUAUUUACAUUGUACCAUCCUUUGUAAAGCUGUUUUUACCUUUGUAUUCUGGGUUAGGUCAGGGUGAAGGGAGGGAGAGAAACAGGAAGGGAAAUUCAACCAAAAGAUGUCCACCAGCAUUUUACAGCUGUUCAGUUGGCAUUUAUAAGGACCAGUUCUUAAACCUCAUCAUUUGGAAUGUAAAAUACAGUUUCACUCUAAAUCUGCUCUCUGCAAAAUAACGUGCUUUCUGCAAGGGAUGGAGUGGUAAAGUACUCAGUAUUGCGGGUAAUAAUCAGGAAAACAUUUCAAUAAAUCCAGAGCAAUUAAUGCUGUGGCAGCUUCCUUGACAUAGAAAGACGACAUACUGGACUCUGAACAUAGCAGUUGGCUUAUGAUGCAAGCAUUUGUGUGUUCUGCUUUCUUUAAAGCAAACAUUUAAAAUACUGGCUUUGAUUUGGCUUGAAGAUACACUCUUCAGUAAUUAUUGGACACGGUGGUGCAAGCGGCUAAGCCUUGCACCUCUGCAGACAGGGUUGUUGAUGUUGUAGCAUAACUUAAGGGGUAUGAGUGUUUUUUGUCCUAAUUCAUGCUCUAUACCACACCGCAUCUAAAUUGUUUCACUUCAGUGGGCCUGUUAAGCAGGCCCAGGACUUGAAUAAUGUAAAGUGCUUGUAAAUAAGGAUUUGGGUGCAUUGGUAGAACUGUGACUGGAAGUCUGCAUUGCACUAAGCCUUCCUAGUCAAUGCUCUUCCUCUCAUUAGUACCAGAUUAUAUAGCUUAAACAGUAACAGCAAAGAUUUUUUUGCUCAUGUCAUGGGGAUAGGAGCAAACUCACUACUGAAAGUUGUAGUAAUUGCAACUAAACCCUGACAAUUGAUUUGCAACAGUGUUACUAAUCAUUUUUUUUUAUCUUUUAAAUACAUUAUAGAUUUAUAGCACUUAACCACCAUUCUCAGUACAAACAUUGUUAUGGAGUAUCUUGCAUAAGUUUUCCACUCCAUAUUUAUUUUUGCAAAGCUGUCUGUAGGUGUAGCUCUUUUCCUUCAAUGAAUAGGAUGGUGACUUGGGAGGGUGGGGGGGGGUUACUUCUAUUUUGUAUUUUGUUAAGCUUGCAUCAAGGGCUUCUCAAAUGAACAAUAAUAAAUCCUCAGGUAGUACUGGGAAUUAAUACUUUACCUGUGAGACUGUUGGUCAGACCAGUACUUGAAAGGAGGAAUGUUGUAAUUGGUCAAUAUUUAGUAAUAUUAUUGGAAACAUGAAAAAUGAGUAUAGAAAAAUGGUAAUAUAUAAUGGCUCAUCUGUGUAUUUAAGAUACAGUAUGUGAUUGCUUUGUCCCCACUAUUCUCUCCAUCAUCUGGUAGAAUAUUGUUCUAAGGCAACAUUUGUGCCCCAUUUGUAUUAAAAUGCAUGUAAAGUCUUCUAGUGUCCUGAUUAAAUACCAUGUGCUUGAAA